AUGAACCAAGGCUGCAACUUUGAUGGAGGUGACUGUGAAUAUUAUUGCACUUACACCCUAGGCUGUACUUUAAAAAGUAAUGGGGUGUGCGAUUCUUCAUGUGAUUUGGCUUACUGUGGAUAUGACCAUGGAGAUUGUGGAUACUGCUCAGAUGGCUGCAGUUUAGAAUUUCUUCAAGAUACAGCAUGCCAUCAAGAAUGCAGUAAUUCUUUAUGCAAUUUUAACAAUUAUGAAUGUGUAAAUUUUAUAUAGGAAUGCAAUCCAGGAUGCCAGUAUUCAAUGCUCGGAAACGGUGUAUGCGAUUGAACCUGCAUGAACUAUUAUUGCCAAUAUGACGGAGGAGAUUGCUGAGACUCUUCGUGUAGCUCUGGAUGCACUGGAUAUUUAUUGACAAAUUAUUAUUGUGAUCCUGAGUGCAAUACACCGAGUUGCUUUUAUGAUAAUGGAGAUUGUUUAUGUGCUGCUGGAUGCUAUCCAGAUUUGCUAGAAAAUGGAAUAUGCGAUCCUGUCUGUUCAACAGCGCCAUGCAAUUUUGAUAAUUAUUUAUGUAUACAUUAAAAUGGCAUCAGAAGAUUAAUGGAACUUUAUGGAAGAUGAAUAUCUCCAACGCGGUGCUAAGCGUUGAGUCCUGUGCAUUGAGUUUUCAUCUUUGUCGACAUAUGUCCAGAAAAUCGAUUUUUUGGAAUUAUAGAAUGUUUAGCAAGUGGCAUGGUACCCUAUGUCUCUGAAGCUCAGAUAGCAAGUACAACCACUUGUUCAUGAGGAUCAGCACAUAGAAAAUCGUGUAUAACUGGCAAGCAAGUAAUGGGGCAUUAUAUGGAGGUAAGUAGUAACCUCGGCCUGCCAGAACUUCUCUAUAAGUGACAUAAGUUAAGUUAAGUAAUUAUUUAUGUGGAGAUUGCGCAACUGACUGCUUCAAUGAUAUGAUAAACAAUGGAUUUUGUGAUAGUGAGUGUUAUAAUGAAGGCUGUGGAUAUGACGGAAAUGAUUGCCCAACUUGCGCUUCAGGAUGUUUUAAUUCAGAUCUUGGACUAUGCAAGCCAGAGUGUUUAGUUUUGGAUUGCGAUUUUGACCUUAACUGUAUAGAGCCCAAUAUUAUUCAAUCAUCAUUUUAUGCCCAAAUUGCUGCACACGAUUGAAAUUAUCCUGUGAAUACUCCUAAUUCUUGUUAUGCAAAGCAUGGCUGCAGCUUAAAUUAUAAUAAUUUUGAUUGGCAUUGUCAAGAUGCAUGCAGCAACGCUGACUGCUUCUUUGAUUACUUUCAAUGUUGGUCCUAUAGCUGCUAUGAUCUUAAUAACUGUGGAUUUUGUGCUACCUCAAAUUCCAAAAUGUGCGGAUAUUGUUUAAAUAAACAAUUUUAUAAUUACUGUGUUGAUAACUGUCCUAGAUAUUAUAUAAUAGGUUUCUAUUUUUACUAUAAGGCUUUAAAACUUUUAAGAUAUUAGAUUUUCAUGAAAAAAUUAACAGAAAAGUAAAGCAAAAUUCUGAAUAAAUUAUACACCUUACUAUUACUAUAAAAUGGACGUAGUCAUUUGCGCUCCAGUUUUAGAUGGAUCUACAGAGGAAAUCCCAGAUGAAAGUUUUAUAAGCGCUAAUGACGUAGAGCAAGGGGAUGGCUCAAUUGAUUCCCCAUAUAAUUCUUUAUCUUAUGGGUUGUCACAAUUGGCAUGGAAAUAUUCAGUUGUUUACUUGAUGAGAGGUAUUCAUAACUUAACACAAGUUAUCGAUGAUGAUUACCUUUUGGAAGCUACAGCUUCAAGGCCAUUAUAUAGGACAUCUAAUAAAUUGGUUCAAAUAACUAUAAAGCCAUUAUAUUGUUCAAUUUAUAGCCACCCAGACUGUGUAAAUGAUGAUGAGAGUAUAACGAUUAUAGUAGAUACUCUACCAAUAGCAAUCGAUAUACUGACUAAUGUUACAUUUGAAAAUAUAAUUUUUGAUGGGAGCACAAAGUUUAGUCCUUUUUGCACUGAUUGUGACUAUUGUAAAGCAACUACUAGUGAUGAUGGAGUAAUUACUGAUGAUCAUGGAAAUACUCUGGAUUCAAAUUCUUAUGUGCCUCAAUCCACUUGUGAUGAAUUCCAUAAUACAAAUUUCUUUGAAAUUGGUUCUAAUGGAAUUUUAUAUUUAAAUGUAUUUUUUAUUUAGAAUGUGGAAAUUAAUAAUUUUAGGCAACAAUACAAUUCAAUAGUUACUCUUAAAGGUGGAAUAUUGGAUAUGAGCUUGGUGAGCUUUUACAAUAUAAUGAGCAAACCUAAUAGUGGAGUUAUUGUAUCUAAUGCUUGCAGCUCAGAUUAUUGUGGAGAAUUACAUUUUAUUAAUAGCUCAGUAUCUUUACUGAAUAAUGGUUAUGAAGUCAAUAUAUAAUUAUAAUGGUAUGACGAAUUAGUAGAGUUUCUUUAUUCGUGUAGUCGAUGUCUUAGCAGAGGAUAAGUCGGAAGUGAGAAAGGCAGCUGAUGUGCGCACCCGACUAUUUUUUCUAGCACAGAUGGAGCAGAAAUGCUAGGGGUAUCCCAUCAGUUUCAGAGGAUGUUUCCUCUCCAAUAAGAAUUACCCAGCGAUACCAAUUGUGUCUUGGACUUUGAGUUUCCAUUUUGACCAAAAAUCGAUCAGAAAAUUCGAACUUUUUGAAUUUUCAAUAGAAGGCAAAAAAAAAUUGGUGGCCGGUACGGCAAUACAAACUUUCCAACUUUCGGAGGCUCUCAGCCGGAAGGAGUAACAUAGUGAAAGGUUGUGGCAUCAGAGCUAGUGAGCAAGUAGUGGAGCAUUAUGGGAGUAAAAAGUUGUUUCAGCUGGGCUUUUCUAUAAUGCUAAUAAAAGUAAAAUAACUAUGAAGUUAAUGACGCAGUUGAUUUGGCUGGAUUUAUGGUUCUAAAUUGUUAUAUUGCUAGUUAUUAAAUUAUAAGAAAAGAUCUCUAUCCGGUAGCCUUUAGGCUCUUAUUUCAUUUCCUAAUACUUCCUCGCCGGCUCACGUUCCAUGGCAUAAGAGGAUUCGCCCUUUCAGAGCUCCUGCACUUACUACUGAUAGUCAAAAGAUUUGCAUUACCUGCCGCGCUUGAAUUUUUGGUCAGCUGUAGGCAAAAUGGAACUCAAGCACACCUUGUAUCGCGCUGGAAUCAUUCCGAUUGGCCAAUGACGUCCUUUGGCAUUGCAGUAAGAUUCCUUUCUAAUUUUGUGUUCCCUUUCCUUGUGAACAAAAAAACUUGCCCCUAGAUUGAACUUUAGCUGAUCAGAUUAGCAUUGCUGCUCCGCCUUUCCAGUAAAACCUAUCCGGAUGCACACAUCGAGCGGCUAACCCUGAUUAGCAAGACUAAGGAGUUAAAAGGGUGAUUUGCUCGCCAAGUUAUUUUAAUUUAUGGUUCUCUAACCAAAUCAAAUAUGUUAAAUUUGAAGAUAUUACAAUUGAGUAUAAUUUAGUAAAUAGCAUUGAUCCAGAAUCUUCAACAAAAGCAAUGUUUACUUUCAAUGAAAUUUUGAAUUUAACGGUUUUAAAUUCAGUUUUUCAAUACAACUUUAAUUAUGAUGCAUUAUUCUUUAUAAAUCAAUAUAAGCUGGACAUGCCACUUGAAAUUGAUGAUAAUAAAAAGUUGGUAUAUGAAAAUUUGAUAAAUAUUUGGAUAGAAAAUGCACUUUUUCAAAACAAUAGCGCUAUUACAUCGUCAACUUUUAUAAUUCAGUUUAAUAGAGACCUUCAGAAUAUCUUGAUAAAUAACUGCACUUUUCUUAAUAAUUAUUCAGAAGAUGAUGGUAUCAUUGACAUUUCAUACAAAGGGAAGCUAAUCCAAGAGUACAUCAGUGGGGAUUCAAGAGUUACAACAUUGGAUUCAGGCCAAAAAAUAAAAGCUGAUUUUCCUGCUAAAAGCAUAACACUUAAGAACUUGAAUUUCACAAAAAAUACAUUUGGAGGAUCAGGUAUCUCUUUGUCGAAUUUACCAAAUCUUUAUAUUUUAAACUCAACUUGAAAUGGAAAUGGAGACAAUUUAAACGAAGAUGCCAACACUGUGACUAUUAAUUAUAUGAAAAGCUUAGGCUAUCUCUAUAUAAACUCAUCAGUAGUAUCGGCUUUGCCAAGUUGCAAAUCAGUCAUUUCAACAACAAGCAUAAAUAAUUUUAUUUUUCACUGCAACACGAUCUCUCAAAAUUACUGUACUCAAAAUAAUGCAGGACUAGCUUUAACAAACUGUUUAAAUCAAACUAUUCUACGAAAUUCUGUAUUUUCUGAUAAUAAGUCAAGUGGAAAUAGCAUUGCUUUGGCUGCAACUAUGUCCUCAGCACUUGUUUUGAAGAACUUGACAUUUAAAAAUAACUAUUUUUAUAAUGGUGUUGGGAGCUCAGUCGUAACAUUGAGCUCUUCUACAUCUGCAAGUAAUUUUACACUCAUUAACUGUAAUUUCAUAGGUGGAGAAACGCCUAUAUCUGCUAGUUCUGUCCAAAUUUUUGCAUGAGAAAACAGCAUCGUCGAAUCAUUGUCAAGCUCUUUUUAUAGUGCCUUGGUUUUUUCAGGUAGAGAUGGGAUAAAAUCAAAGAUAUUAUUGAAAAAUUGCACAAUAAAAAAUAAUAAUCCCAAACUUGGCCAUAUCUCUAUUUCAUCAUUAGCAAGCCAAUCAUAUGUGUUAUUAACUAUGAGUAAUAUGACUUUUUCAAACAAUGGUGGAGGCCAAAAUAUUAUUUUUAUUGAUAAAUCAGUUAAUCUUGACUCUCCAAGCCAAAUAUCAUAUUCAAACUUUACCAAUAAUAAAAUGACUUCAGUGUACGCUAGACAUUUAUCAGGAACCCUUUUGGUAUUUUCAUGUGUUUUUGAUUCAAACUCAGCUAGUUAUGCCGUAGUUUUGAAUUUAGAUCAUUCUGUCCCUGCUGAAACACAUUUAUCUGAGUCCUCAAUAACUUCUAACAGAGGAAGUAAUAUUUUGUAUAUAAACGGAAACACUGCUAUUAGCCAAUUGACUACUCUAAAUCUAUAUGUUUUUAAUAACACUGGCAAUGCAGUUUUUAUUGCUAAAGGGCAUUGGACUGAUCAAUAUUCAAAUUUUUAUCAAAAUUCAGCUUCACAAGGAGGAUCAGCAAUAAUUAAAGAUGAAUCGGUAGUCAAUUUAGAAGGGGCCGUUUUUAAGAAUAAUUCUGCGACUUCUGAUGGAGGAGCUAUUUAUAUUUCAGGGGCCUCAAAUAUAACAUGCAAUAACUGCACAAUUGUUAAAAAUACUUCAAAACAUAAUGGCGGAGGACUUGCAGUCGACCAAAGCUCUAUUUUUAUUUUUAACAAUUCAGUUUUUUCUGAGAACAAAUGUGAUAUGAGAGGUUCAGCCAUUUCUAUUCUUGGCUCAGAAUCUUCAUACUCCUAUCUUAUAAAUACAGAAAUAUCAUACAAUAUCGCAGGAUCUAUGGCUGCUAUUUCAUCAGACAGCGGAUUGUUUUCUCUUCAAAGCUGCUCACCCCUUCUCAAGAAUUAGCAAAAUAUAAAGAAAAAAAUAGUUUUAAUAUCUGUGCAUGAUAAAAUUAAUUAUUUUUAAUAAAUAAUAGGUUGUGCACGAUAUUUAAUAUUUAAUUAAUUUUUAUAUCAAUUUAAAUUCUGUUUGUAUUUUAACAAUGGCAUUUUAAAACAAGAAAAUCAAUAUAAAAAUUACUAUAAAAUUUAUAUAAAUUAAGUAAGCCUUUGCACUCAUAAAAUUUUUUCUUGUUCUAAAAGGGGUUCAUUCUUAGUCUUAGCCUUAGUUAGCCUACUCCCCCAAUCCGUAAUAGAAAAAAAAAUUUGUUCUCUAGCUAAUGGGCUAAUUUUUUUUUUUUAAAAAAUUUUAUAUAAAUUUUAUAUUAAAAAUUCUUUCUUAAAAAAAUUCCAAUUUGCAAAAUAAUUGGAAAGCAAAUAUUAUUUUAAUUUGUAAAAUUUAUGUUUUAAAAUGCUAGCUAUUUAAAAUUAAAUAGAAUUUACUAAAGAUUUCAUUAUAAUAAUUAUAACUUAUAUAUCAUUUUUUUCUUGAAAAUUUUUAUUUUGUUUUCGUUUACGGAAUGUGAUUUUUACCCGAAAAAUAAGGAUCUUCCGAUGAUUUUGUUCGCUCAUGGAGCGAGUUAGUGUUUAACGUGCUGAUUUCUCUAGCAAUACGACUAGGCCGCAGCCCACUCUUUUAAUUCCUAAGUGAUGAUGCUACCCACAUCCGACAUCACAUCAUAUUUCAGAAAGACUCGGCAAUCCAAAAUAAGCUUUAUCUCCACCUGAUCAGAAAAUCCUAUGGUGCUCGAUGCACUCGCUAUGAUAUACCUCCUCAGGUGUGGUUAUAAGACAACUUAAAGCCUCUUAUGCACUUGGAGAAGUUCCAAAGUUAAACCGCUAUACUGUGCAGAAGUUCUUCAGGAAAAAAACCCAACCCAUAAAUAAAAUUCCAUGAGGGAUAGAAAACUAUCAGAGCUAAUUUCUCCCUAACCAUAUACCAUUUUAUUAAUAAAGGGGUUGAUUAGUCUUUAAUAAUACAGGUGCUACAAAUUCUGGAAUUUUUAUGAUUUAUUCUACAUGCAACAUUUCUGACUCAUCCUUUUCGAACCAUACAGGAACUAGUGGAAGUGAUCUCUAUAUAAAUAUCGAUUCAAGUUUGUUUGUAUACAACACAAAUUUUAAAAAUUCUAUUUCGACUAGCUCAGGAGGCAGCAUCUCAGUAGCAGAUAGUUCAUUAUCCUGUGAAAAAUGCAAUUUCUUAAAUGCAAAAGCUCCUACAGGAGCAGUACUCCAAUGCACUUCAGGAAGCAGAUGCAAACUGAUUAGUUCUUCUAUUUUAAGCAGCUCUGCAUCCAGUACAGGAGGAGUAAUUUAUAUAUAUGACAGCACUCUGAGUGCUAAUAAAACAACUUUUAAAGAAUAUAUCAGUUCUGCAAUUGAAGCAAGCAAAUCUAAAUUAAUAGAGAUACUUGAUUCAGAAUUUAAAAGUGGCAUUAAUGAUAAUGGGGCAGCUCUCAAUUGCAUAGAUUGCAUAAAUGUUACUAUUAUUGGAACUGAGUUUAAAAAUCUUAUAUCGUCUGCUGGUGGAGCUAUAAAAUUUGAUCACACUACAGUUACUGCAUCAAAUUUUAUAGCAAAUAUUGAGAACUCGAUUUUUGAAAAUUGUGCAUCUCUAUAUGGAUAAUAAUAAAAUGGCUUCGGAAAGAGGAGAAUUCCUUCCAUGAAUUAAUCUUAACUCCCCCCCCCCUCCGUGAGCGAACAAAAAAAUUUUGUUCGCUCACGGAGGGGGGUUAAUUUUUUUUUUUUAAAAAAAAAUUUAUAUAUAAAUUUUAUAAAAAAUAUUUUUUUCGAAAUUUAAAAAAAUCCUAAUUUGCAAAAAUUGGGAAGCAAAUAUUAAUUUAAUUUGCAAAAUUUAUGUUUUAAAACGCAAUUUGUUUAAAAUUAAACAGAAUUAGCUCUAGAUUUCAUUAUAUACUAAUUAUCACUUAUAUAUCAAAAAUUUUUUUCCAUUAAAAUUUUUUCUAUUAAAAAAAUUUUUGUUCACUCACGGAGGGUGGGUUUUUGGUCAAAAAAUGGCGAUUUUUCUAAUGGUUUUGUUCGCUCACGGAGGGGGGGGGGGAGUAAGCAAGUUUUAUUAUUAUGGGGUUGGGUUUUUACACAUGCACUUCUGCCUGAUAGGAAAGAAAUGGCGAAGGUUUUCUUACUUUGCAUUCUACAGAAUAAUGCUUUAAAUCUUUCAAAUACCAGAUAAAGGGAGAACCCUCAGCCGAACAGACGCUGAAGGAAAGUCAGAUAGAGCCGGCAAUGCACCAAGCCGCAAGUGGUCCCGACACUUCUGGGCUGCUAAAUGGCUCCACGGAAGCAAAAAGGAGCUACUUUGUCGACAGGCUGCGCAUACAAUCGGAGUGAGCGAUAAAGCCGAGGAAAAAAGGGGAGUCUUUGCACUAAGCGUUUGACCCAGCUAGAGGUAAAAAUUAAUCAAUCUAAGUCUAAGUGCAUCUCUAUAUGGAGGAUCUAUUUAUUCAAAUAAUAUAAAUAUCGGAAUUAAAAACAGUAUUUUUAGAAACAAUUCAGCAACUAAUUUAGAAUCUAAUAGUUCUUGCACAGAUGGAGAAGGCGGAGCUUUAUAUUUGACAUCCACAGUUCAAAUUAGUGUCUCUAUCAAAAAUUCAGAUUUUAUAGAUAAUAGUGCAUGCUUGAGUGGUGGCGCUGUACAAUGAUACUUGUCACAACCAACGAUUUCUAAUUUAUCAUUUUCAAAUAACUCAGCUUUAUAUGGAGAUGAUUUAGCCUCAUUUCCUCUUAGUUUGCUAGUUUUAAGCUAUAAAAGAAGACUUGAAGUGCAGGUGCCAUCUGCUCCAGGGCAAUAUUUAUCAAGCCCAUUAAUUGUUGGAAUUACUGAUCACUACAAUCAAACAGUUCUCACUGAAAAUACAAGCACUUGCCAAUUGGAAGUCACAGAUAGCUCGAACUAUUCAUUGUCAGGAAAAACUAAGGUUCAAGCAUCAUCAGGAGUUUAUAAUUUUAGUGAAGUUAUUGUGAGUGGGGAGCCUGGAAGUAAAGUAGGGUUUACUCUUUCUUCAUCAAUAAUUUCUAGUGAUUCCUUACUCUCUCCUCUCUGUAGGCGAAAAAAAAAAUUCUGAUGGAGGGGAUAAUUUUUUUUUUUAAAUUUAUAAAUAAAUAUUUUAUAGUAUUUUUUUUAAAGCAAUAUAUUAAUUUAAUUUGUAAAAUUUUUCUUAAACAGAAUCAGCUAGAGAUUUCAUUAUAAUAACUAUUAUUUAUAUAUCAAAAUAUUUUUCAUAAAAUUUUUAUAUUAAAAAAUUAUUCAUUUAAGAAGGGUAGAUUUUACACAAAAACUAGAGAGUUUACCAAUGGUUUUGUUUGUUCACAGAGCGGAAGAGUUAGGUUUAUCUUCUGAAUCACUUGAAUUUGAGCUUAGAGAUUGUGAAGUCGGCGAAGCUUUGCUAGCUAAGACUUGCCAAGUCUGUGAUUCUGGAACUUAUAAUCUCAAUGCUGGUGAUUCUUGUAAAGAUUGCCCAACUUCUGCUAAAUGCUAUGGGAAAAAUAAUAUUUAUCCCAAAGCAGGCUAUUGAAGAGUAAGCAACUUGACCGACAAUUUUUUGGCAUGCCCAAAUUCUCAUGCAUGCUUAGGAGGAAUUGAUUCUAACAAUUCAGUGGGAACCUGCAAAAAAGGCUAUCAAGGGAAUUUAUGCCAGUCCUGCGAAGAAGGGUAUUCACGAAAUGGAGAAGACACUUGCUCUAAGUGCCCAAAUCCAGUCACAAAUAGCUUAAUAUUAGUAGGGAUGAUAACCCUUGCUUUAUUUAUUGUCCUUAUUAUGACGAGGUCAUCUAUUAAAUCAGCAUAUAAACCGAAAUCGCUUACAUCAGUUUAUAUCAAAAUUUUUAUGAAUUAUUUACAACUUGUAGUUGUUACAGCUUCUUUCAAUUUAAAUUGACCUCAGCUUGUUCUUCAGGUAUUUUCGAUUCAAAAUACUGCGGGAAGCAUGACUGACCAAAUAUUUUCAGUUGAUUGCUAUUUGCAAGGACAAAAAUCAAAGCCAUUUUUUUCAAAAUUGAUAUUUAUGGCUGUUCUCCCUAUGAUUUUGGCAUUUUUGACUAUGAUGUUUUGGGUUGGGUAUUAUCUUUUUGUUUUAGAAACAAAAUACCUUAAAAAUAAAUUUUUAGGCUCUUUAGUAGUUCAGCUAUUUUUAAUACAGCCUUCACUUGUGAAAUACAAUUUUUCAAAUUUUAACUGUAUGGAAAUAGAGUCUGGAUCUUAUUACCUUAGAUCUGACUUAGACAUUAAAUGUUGGGAUGCUGAGCAUAUUACUUAUUCUUUGACUGUUGCUCUUCCAAGUAUUAUAAUUUGAUGCAUAGCGGUACCAACUUUAUGCUUACCCUCCCUUCCGUGAGAGGACAAACCAUUAGAAAAAUCCCUAGGGUAAAAACCGCUCUCCAAUAGCGAAAACAAAAUUUUUUAAUAUAAAAGCGCUUUAUAAAAAAAAAUUAAUAUAAUAGUAAUAAUUAUUAUAAUAGCAAUUCUGCUAUGUUUUAAGCAGCUUCAUUUUAAACAUAAAUUUUAAAAAUUAAAUAAUAUUAGUUUGCAAUAUUUUUAAAAUUCAAAAAAUCAACUCCCUCCUUCAGUGACAAUUUUUUUUCACACACAGAGAUUGGGAGUUAUGAUCUAUACAUAAGCAUAGAGAACAGUUAAAUACUAUAGAAUUAAAACUUCAAUUUGGCUUUUUAUAUCUUGGCUUCAAAGAUAAAACUUAUUAUUGGGAAUUUACAAUUCUCUAUAGAAAAAUUCUAAUUAUUUGCUGCGCAGUUUUUCUUGGCUCUACGUCAACACGAAUUCAAGCAUUAACUGUUUUCUUUUUGCUGCUUUUUUGCUUUUUCCUACAUCGCAAAAUUGAACCUUAUUGUACAAAUCAGCUCAAUUCAUUGGAAACUAAAUCAAUUCUUGUAUCUGGACUGACUAUUUAUAGUGGUUUAUACUAUUUGACAGAUGAUUUAAUCUACCCAGCAAGGAUUCUUCUAUUUAUAAUAAUUGUAUCAGCGAACUUGUUUUUCUUAGCCCAUUGAAUUUCGAGCAUGACUGGAGUAGGGAUCUCUAUUUUGUACUCAAAAAUCAAAUUUCUGAGAAGAAUGAUGCAUGGAACAAGAAUCGAAAAAUGGAUUCAGAGUAUUUCUCCUAUCAAUAUUAGCGACCAAGAAACAGACUUCGAUAAAAAUUCGAUUACUAAAGAAAUUCAAAAUAUUUCGAUGAAUUCUAUUAUUACCUAUAGUACCCCCUCGUUUGUCGCAUUUUCUAGUUUUUUUUUAUAAGAGAAAAAAAAAUUUUCAGGACCUCAUUUGUCGCAUUUUCUAUUUUUUUUUUAAGCCAAAAAAAAAUCGGUUCAGGACCUCGCUUGUCGCAUUUUCUAGUUUUUUUUUUCUCUCUAUAAAUUCCUAAAAAUUAAAAUUCGUCAAGGGAUCAGUUAGUGAAAAUUUCAUCAUUUCUUCCUUCAAAAUCCUUGCUCCCAUUCCUCAAUCCCCACAGCUUGCUUCCCAUUACCUGCUCCCAUUGCUUAAGCCUCACCACUUGCCAUUCACCAUUCUUAUUCCCCUAUCUUCAUGCCUAUUUCCUUAUUUGAUAGCUUAAUUUCUAGUCUUCCAUAUUAAUUAAUGGAGUUGCGCGAAAUUGAGGACCAGCCGAUAAAAAUCCCGGCAAUGAUUCAAAGCAUGGCCUAUGGAGAGAGGCUCAAUGCAAAGCAGAUCCAAGAGCGUCUUGCUGCUUGUGGCAAGGACAUGAGCCUGACGACGAUCAGGCACUACACCAACAAGUUCAAUCCUGAAGAGCACACUUUAGAGCUCAGGCGGAAGCUUGUGGACCAUGGACUAUCGCCUCCUCCUAAGAAAAUGGAAUGAUGGAGAGAGCAUAGUCAAGAGGAUCAUUGACGUAGGUUUCUUUAAAAACGAAGAACUUGCGACAAUCUUGGGGACUUCUAAACGGACUAUUGAGCGAAUUGCUGCAGAGAAUACUGAGAGUGAAUCUGACGAAGCGGCUGGAAGAGAAGAGGCACUAUCCAGAUCUCCCCUAAAGCAUUGAAGUGAUGAAGACUUUGCUGAGGUCAUUAAAGGAAUGUGAGAAGGAUACAGGCUUUGUCAGCAAGGCAAGUUUUGAGGGCCCAAUUCAAAAGAAAGACAGUUGACAUCAGCGAAGAACAGCUAGGAAAAGAGCUGAAGAAGAGGGGAUAUGUCUAUAGGAAGAAGAGGGGUUGUUCUACAGCUAACUGAAGCUCAUAAAGAGCAGAGAAUGUCCUGGUGAUUGACUCAGAUAUCGCUUCAUGGAUCUUCAGUGAUGAGUGCUAUGUGCAUCUCUUUCGUAACUCUAAUUUGUCGUGGUGCAAAGAAGGGAUAAACGCAACGAUUGAAGAGCCUAUCAAUUGAAAAACCUCAAUUAUGAUCUGGGGAGGAAUUUCUAUCGUUUUUGGCAAAAUGCUCUUCAUAAAGAAGGAGAAGUAUGCAAUCAAUGCCCAAAUCUAUAUCAGAGACAUUCUCCAGGGCUAUAUUGAGCCUUUAGAUGGAGACUACACCUUCGUUCAGGAUGGGGCAACAGCCCAUACUGCAAGGCAGACUAUGGAAUAUUGCAGAGAAAAACGGGAUUGAUGUGAAGACUCAAUCGCCGAAGAGCCCAGAUCUCAAUCCAAUUGAGAUGAUCUGGGCCAAUUUGAAGAGGAAAGUGGAGAAAAGAAGGCCUGACAGCAAAGCCAGACUAAUUGCUGCCAUUCAGGAGUCAUAGGACGAAAUUUCUUUUGAGGAAGUGCAAAAUUCCAUUCUUAAGGUGAAAAAUGAAAGAGCAAGCAGGCCAUUGAAGCGCAAGGAGAAUGGAGUUAAUAAGCUAGCUAAUUUAAUCUAUUCUCUAAAAAGGGGAGAGUAAACUGGGAAGGACUGGGAAGGACUGGGAAGGACUGGGAAGGACUGGGAAGGACUGGGAAGGACUGGGAAGGACUGGGAAGGACUGGGAAGGACUGGGAAGGACUGGGAAGGACUCGGGCCUGCUAACCCUCUGCAGGCAAAUGUAAGGUAAACUCCUCUAUAAUUACUCAAUUAAAUUAAUCAGAAACUAUUUUUUAAAAAAACUAAGAUUUGCGACAUCAAAAAAAAAAUAAAAAAACUAGAAAUUGCGAAAAAUGUAUUUGCACUAGAAAAUGCGACAAAACGAGGGGGGGGGUACUAUAUAACACUGAAGAAGGAGACUCACCAGGACUGAAAAAUUGGAAAAGGUUAAAAUUUAGUGAAAUUACCCAAAGUCCGGAAGUAUCAGUAUUCGAAAUUAAGACAAAUAAUGUGGAGUAUGACCAUAAUCAUGAAAAAGAUAGCAUUUCUAUUUUAAAAGAAGCUGAUGAUACUUCAAUUUUUGAAAAAGUUCCAUAUCCGACUUUAAGGGAGGUAGAUAAUGAAGCAAAAGAAUAA